AAUCAACGGCGUCAACUAUACACACACAGUCACUCAUCACAAAAGCAAAAGAAUAGUGCUCGAGGGUUUAACAUACUCUCUCUCUCUCUCUCUCUCUCUCUCUCUCCACUUUUCCUUCCUUCUCUCUCUCUCUACGUUUUUCCUUACUUUCAGUCUUUCCUCAACUCUCGCCAUCAUUCGCGGCCGCAAACGUCCAGAAGUGGCCGUCUCUCUCUGUCAAUGGUUUAACACUGAAUUAAAAAGCGGGGCAAACAGAUCCUUCUCAGUUGUGAGACCUAAUGGAGAAAAAGCAACUCAAUUUGAAUAUACCACUUCUAUCUGUGCGGCGACUUUUGUCAGUGGCUUCUCAAGAUGGAGAUAACAGGACAACAAUUGAGAAUUCAAAACAAAAAAGAUGGAAUUCUCUUCCUUUGUACAAACCAGACAUUGAACUAGGUGAGGUGACAAAACCAGCUGCAGUUCCUUUUACGUGGGAGCAGAUCCCCGGAAGACCAAAAGAUGGAACAAGUGCCCAGUCUCAAUCUCCUGAAGAGCCUUCCAAUUCUUCACGUCCACCGAGAAGGGUGCUGGAGGUCAUAAAACAGUUCUCCAAAGAAGUAUCUGAAGAUCAAAAUGUCAUUAGGCCCCAUAUCAAAUCACCAUCUUUGGAUGAUAAUGCAACUUCGUUGGAGAGCUCGAACAAGGGAUUGAAUGCAAAUGGGGAUUCUGAUUCGCAAAGCGAGGAUGAUGCAUAUUCUGAUGCACGCGACACACUGUCACCAACAGAAUCAAAUUCCUUCCACUGUAGUUUAAGCAAUUUGAGUGGGUAUGAUGGUCCAGAAGUGAGACCAAGUGGAACCUUCUCCACUGACCCACAAACACGAGAUUUCAUGAUGAGUCGCUUCCUACCUGCAGCCCGAGCUAUGGUUGUGAAGACACCUCAGUGUGUUCCAAGGAAGCAACCUUUGGCAACUGACCAAUCUAGACAGGUUCAAAAUGUGGUCACUGAGGAAACGUGGUCUCUACUUGAACAAUACAGAUCUAUCAUCAUUCCUUGUGAUGGUCAAUAUGAAGAAACUGAUGAUGAAGAUGAUGAUUCUGGAAAUAUAUCAGCUAAAGCUUGUGGGCUGUUUCCUCGGUUUUGCUUAAAGAAUUCUUUGUGCCUCUUCAAUCCGGUGCCAGGAAUAAAAGUUAGGACCCGGACUGCCAUGCCGUCUUCAACUGAGGCUAGCAGACUGACCAGGACUGCAUAUAGUGGACCUCAAAGUCAAAUUUUUGAUAAGCAUGCUUGGAAUGCUGGUCAUAAGACACAUGUUUCUGCAGUCCAAUCACAUGAGCUGCUUGAGGUUGAGAAUAAACUAAUUGAUAAAUCCAAUCAGUUGACUGACUCGGGUGGCUUGCAUAUGACAGAUGUGUCAUCUCCCUACAAGAGUUCCAAGGAUAGAGGCAUAUCCCCAUACCGGAAUGUUGCACCUCAGUCCCUCUUCUGUGAAGGAACUGGGUUUCUUGGUGUUCCAAAGGUAGUUGAUAAUGCUGAGCCUAAAAACUCCAAAUUGUGUGGCAAAGGCUCUAACAACUUUCGGGAUGUGUCAUCCCAUCAAAGAUAUAAACAAGGGUCACAUUCAGUGAGCCCCUUGACUGAGAAAACAUUGUACAUAGAUUCUGUGAAUACUGUAAAAUUCAUUUCUUCAGAAGAAAAAGGGCCAAUGGCUUCUUCUGGAGAUGCUAUUGAGACCUUGGUGGAUCAUAAACGGAUGGAAGGAAUUUCUGAAGCCGAAUCUUCUGUUCAAGAUAUGAGAUGCCUGAUUAAUUUGGAGGGAGGCAUUACACCGAGUACUAAAGCUUCAGGGUUUAAUAAUGGUGAUCUAUCUCCUUCCUUUCACACAUCAGAUCUAAAACAAGCAAAAGGAACAGAAAGGUUGAGACCAGAUCAAAUUCUGAAUCAGGAACCCCUGUCCUUGGAAAAGUUGGGAUCCUCAAAAGUGCAUACCAAUGGAAACCUAGAUAUGACAAGUGAACAAAAACUGAAAAAUGGCUUGGAAAAUUCUAAUGUUGGCUCUUUACAGUCUCUGCUUCCGCCGCCUUUACCAAAAUCUCCUGCUGAGUCUUGGCUUUGGCGUGCCCUGCCUUCCAUUUCCUCACAGAAUUCAUUUUCAAAUUUACAAUCUGGCAGCCAGUUUCAUCCUAAAAGGCAGUGUUCCAACACUUUCUCCAAUGAUACCAAGUGGGAAACCAUUGUGAAAACUUAUAAUUUGCAUUGUGAUCAUGUACGUUGUUCUGAGGAGCUAAUUCCUUAUGUUUCUCAGCACAUCAAAACUUAGAAGUGGAAAUGUCUCCUGCAAAGCAACUGAUCUUUUGGUCACUGGUGUCUUUCUUUGUUUCACUGCUGAAAAAUUGUUUAUGAAUCAAAUAUCCCUUCUUUGUUGUGAAUGAAAGUUGCUUCCUUACGAAUUUACAUAUCCUGUCAAAUGCAUACUUUGUGUGAAAUAACAAAUUCUUUCAGGAUGCUUUCCUGAGAAGCAAUUUAGGCAGAAUAGUAUGUGGGUCAAACAUUAUUCAGCUUAUUUUGGAUCAUUUUCCUUUUCUCAUGUUUUCAUCUGUGUAUCUUAAUUCUUUAACCUUCAAGCUUCAAAUAUUAAUCAAUUUCUGAAGAAUUCAUAUCAGCUAAGAUGAAAAUACUAUCAUAUACAUUCUGUUCUUACAAAGUUGAUUUGAGUACUUGGACAAUUUUCAACAUAUGAAACCUAGAUAAUCUAUAACACUGGUGGCUAGAAACUAGUGCCUGGGCAAUUAUGUUGAAAUUUCUAGACUUUCAUCUUUUCUAUCAUAUUAGGCUUUUAGAGUAAUUGGUUGUUAACAUGGUCUCAUAGUGAAAAGGUCCUGAGGUCAAACCGUACAACCUCCCUGGGAAAACAGAUUAAUAUUCAGAGAAACAAAGUUCAGUCAUCCAUUAGCUUAAGCUUUUAGAGGAGUUAAUUAGUAACAUUGAGUCUGCAUAAGUGAAACUAAGCUUCACGACCUCCGUAUAUACGUGGACUUACCACUCAUGAAGUGACACAAAUGAGAGAGAGUUCAAGAGGGGCAACAAGUGAGGGGUAGUGUUGAGAUAAAUAGAAUCAUACCUCCCCUAUCAGUUUAAUAUUUUAGAAUAGUUAGCUGUUAAAUAAAAAGCCCCUUUUCUAUCAUAUUAGGCUUUUGUUGAACAAAAAUGUCAUAUGUCUGUUGGGAUGAUUUUCAGUUGUAUGUCAAUAUCCAUCCAGGUUUCUAGUUUUAGGCAUGCAAAACUUGAAGAGUCUUCCAUGAUCAAGUGUAUGCACAGCAGCCUCUAUGUUCAUAUAUGUUGAAAUUGAUGAUUGAGAGGGAGAGGAGGGAGUAACAGAAUGCAACCUACUAAGCUUUACCUUGAAACAAUGUCUAUAAUAGAUUUCCUAAAUAUAUGCAUUAUUUUAUACAAUUAGUAUGUGUAAUUUGUGGUGUCUUUCCUAAAUAUGCUAGAUUUCAUAUUCGUUUAAGUUUAUGAUAUAAUCACGAACUCCUAUCAUCAUGUCAGUUCUAGUCUGAUUGCUUUCGCCAUUAGGAGUCUGAUUGAAGCCAUGGAGAGAACAAAUGAAUUGAUGUUCCAAUUUUUGGCCUCUGAACGUCACUAAAUUUUACUCUAUUUGGUUAUAUGAAUCUUUCCCACAUUCUGAUAUGUUCCAAUUGUUGCAUUCAUAAUUAAUGAUGCUUUGAAAGUAAACUUUUUUCUCUAAAUGCUUGCACUUC